GGGAGUUGUAGUCUUAGGGAAUUCUUCCGCUCCAGGCUUCCGCGUGGCAGGCAGAGUGCAGAGCCCAUUCCACACAGUGUAGACAUCCCAGGCGACCCACUUUCUCUUCCAAGAUGCCCGCCCCGACGUGCUUCUCCUGUCACAAGGCCCGUGCUGCCCUCCGCCGCCCACGCUCUGGGCAGGCGCUGUGUGGCUCCUGCUUCUGUGCUGCCUUUGAGGCUGAGGUGCUGCAUACGGUGCUUGCUGGGCACCUGCUGCCGCGGGGCGCUGUAGUGGCUGUGGGCGCCUCUGGCGGCAAGGACUCCACGGUGCUGGCACACGUGCUGCGCGAGCUUGCACCACGCUUGGGCAUCACACUGCACCUGGUGGCCGUAGAUGAGGGCAUCGGCGGCUACCGUGAUGCUGCGCUGGAGGCGGUGCGCAGUCAGGCGGCGAGCUGGGAGCUGCCGCUCACCAUCGUGGCCUAUGAAGAUCUCUUCGGAGGCUGGACAAUGGACGCCGUGGCCCGCAGCACCGCAGGCUCCGGCCGCAGUCGUUCCUGCUGCACCUUCUGCGGGGUGCUGCGGAGGCGUGCGCUGGAGGAGGGUGCGCGCCUUGUGGGAGCUACUCACAUUGUGACAGGCCACAAUGCUGACGACAUGGCUGAGACGGUGCUCAUGAACUUCCUGCGUGGUGAUGCUGGGAGGCUGGCGAGGGGUGGAGUGCUGGGUUCCACAGGCGAGGGAUGCGCACUUCCCCGGUGCCGGCCUCUGCAGUUUGCCUCGCAGAAGGAGGUGGUGCUGUACGCACACUUCCGCCACCUCCGCUACUUCUCUGAGGAGUGUGUGUAUGCCCCUGAGGCUUUCCGUGGCCAUGCUCGGGACCUACUUAAGCUCCUGGAGGCAGCCAGACCAUCGGCCGUGCUGGACCUCGUGCACUCGGCAGAGCGCUUAGCUCUGGCUCCGGCAGCAAAGCCCCCUCCUCCAGGCACCUGCUCCCGCUGCGGAGCGAUGGCCAGCAACAAGCUCUGCCAGGCCUGUGCGCUCCUGGAUGGCCUCAACCGAGGCCUGCCGCGCCUGGCCAUCGGCAAGGGCCGCCGCGUGUUGCAAGUUGAGCAGCCACCGCUAGGGAACCCAAGCCGGGUCACCAGUGACCCUGUGGCCCCACCAGAACCCUGCACCUGCAAGCAAUCCAAAGAUGAAGCCAACCCAGGCGGAAAUGGAGGGGACCGGGCAGGAGCCACCUGUGUAUCGAAGAGUGAGUGA